AUGACUGAUCUGAUUCCAACCACACAAAGCCAGAGCCUGGAGAUGUCAUCAGGGGGUGGGACCUAUGAGUCCACCACAAAGGACCCCUCCCAUGACCUCACUGAGAAUGCCUUUACCCUGGACUAUGAAGACACCACCCACUCCAAGCCUAUUAAUGGGAACGAUGGUGUGCUGGGCCCCGGGGCCAUUGCUGCCAUUGUGAUCGCCGUGGUGCUGGGGGCCUCUGUGCUCAUAGCACUCAUCGUCCUCACGCUCAAGAGGUUCACCACUGCAUAGAGCCGCCCCUCAGGCCCUCUCUCGCACAGCUCAUACGCCAGGGCCUCGUCAGCUGACUCCUCCUGUCCAAUCCGAGGUCUGAUGUGCAGCAAGCUCUCCAGGACACUGGCCAAUGAGAGUGCUGCAUAUGUCAUAGCCUGACUGGGAGCCAGGGCUGGAGCAUCGUCAUGACUGUGCCUGCGUAGAACCUGGUGGUACAUUUGUCUUUCUGUAGAACCUGGAGAGCAAUAACUUGCGUGUGGAUUCCAGAAGCGAGUACCCAUUUUAAAUCCCUCCACUGAGAUUGAAAUUCCUUUUAAACACGUCACUUCUGUAGUUUCAUGCCAGUGCUCGAAUGAUAGUGUAAUCCAAGGGAGUGUGGAGUAAAAUGAAAUUUCUAACAAUAUGUGGUUACUAAUUCAUUUUUUUUUUAAACAUUCUUCCUAAUUAUGGUAGUAUACUAUUUUAAUCCCCUUUACUGUUUUCUUUAAUGGUACAACUAUACUCCUGUUAAUGGGGAUCGUGGUGAAUACUCAGCUACUGAGCACUGGAGAAUGUGUUUCCAGAUGUGUGAAAAUUAUGUGGUUCUCAAAAAUGCAGAGAAUGGUGCGAAGAUGAGGAAAGUCUGAAGUGAUCGUGGGAGAGUUUGGGAGCUGGCUUGCUGCUGUAACUGUGCAAGGAUGCAGUUAAAAUGGAGUCAGAUAGAGCGGUGUCUGGCUCAGAGGAGGGUGAUGCAUUGGAACGUCAGAACGGAAAUGUAUAACGCCUCUUCAUUCACAGUGCGGCCAGAGAGUUUCAUCGUUGUUACUGUAAAAACUACCUUUUUACUGAACACUAGGUCAUUCUUUCAUCUGUCCCGUAUUGUAAUUUUCGAUGGAAAAAUGCUGGCAUUGAAUUGAUUUUCUGAUGGUUUUGAUUCAUUCAUUUUUCCGUGUGAAUAUUUAAUUGAUCAGUGAGUUUCGUUAGAUGUGCUGUUUCUGUUAAUAUACUGUGUACUUUAAAAAUGGAGAAUUGGUCUAUGCAACGCAUGGCAUUUGUGGGCAUUUCUGGCCACAUCAAUCAAAAUU